UAUGUAAAGUUAAUAUCCUAGUUAAUACCCUUAAUUUGAUGAUUUAGAGGAAAUACGAUAAUUCAUUACUAGUAAAACAAAUGCUGUUGAUUUCAGUCUUCAAUUGCCACCCUACCUUUCAUCUUUUUUUUAACCAUUGAGAAAGCAAAUUUUUUAAAAUUAUUUAGUAUAUUAUGAUUUAAAAAUAUUAGGCUGGGAAAGUAAGUGAUCCAAAUUAGAGAAAGUAAGCAAUCUACAAAUUCAUUUAAUUAGUCGAUAUAGAAAUAUUGAGUUUAUUUUCUGAAUAGAUCAUUAAACCAUAUUAAAAUUUGAUAUUAGUCAGACAUUAUGGGAUUCCUUAAGAUUUGGAUGUUGAGAAAUUGAAAUUGGAUAAUAAGACAAUGGGAGCCUUAAAUGAUUUGGCUAGUUCUAUAGCAUAGUGGAAUCUUUAAAUUGAAAUAGCUGUAGAUAAUAUUGCAAGAGUUCAGUUGUAUGAUCUUUGGAUUCCAUCAGGAAAGAUAAAAGAGGCUUAAUUGACAGCUGAAAUAAAGGGUAUUCUCUCUCCAAAUGAUGAUUUUGAUAUUAAGGUACAAUAAAUAAAUGAGAUUAGACAUAUUCAAAACAUAUAUUAAUAAGAUUAUUAGCUUAAGGAGCAGAGAAGUUUGGAAAGUAUUUAUAUUCAAAUGGUUUAUCUGAAUCAAAUUUAUCAUAUGGUGCAGCUUUAGUGAUUUAUCAUGCCUUAGUUGGUAAAUCUGCAUUACCAUGGAAUGUUAUAAUACCUAAUGUUUCAUUAAAAUGGCUGGUAUUAAUAUUAUUAAUAAUAUUUAAUAGUUUGGUGGAUUGAUUGGAUCUCUUGCUUUGGGUAAAGUUUCAACCUAUUUGGAAAAAUGUGAUUAAGUAUAAUAAUUAAGUGGAUGUGCAGAAGUAUUUUAAGAGAUAACAAAUUUUUUGAUUCAUUUUAAUGAGACUGUAUCUGGAGCAAUAAAUGAUGUAUUACUAACAGUGAAUGAAUAAUAAGAGAAGGAGAAGAAGUAAGGUAUAAUAUAUAUUAUAAUAAUUAAAUAGAUUUGGCAAAUUUAAUUGAUACAUUUCUUGAAUCACCAGAAUCAAUUAAGGAUGGUUAGACUGAGAUCAUUACUUGUGAAGAUAUAAUUAAACAUGAAUAAGAUGAAUGGUAAGUAAUUUAAUGA